AUGUCUGAUAUCAAAGAUUCAGGACUGAGCUCAGAUUCUGAAUCAGAGUCAGAAUCAGAUGGUUUUGAAAGUAUCAUUGCGACUAGAGAGAGAAGGGCCAAUGCAGGCUCGCGUAUGAGACAACUGUUAGCAAUGGAAGAAGCUGGAGAACCUGAGAUAGCAGCAGAUGGAAAAGAAGACGUGGAUUUAUUGUUUGAGGAGGAUGAGAACGAUGAUGAAUUCGUUGCUGAUGAUGAGGAAGGGGGGGAGGAAGACGCUUUAAAUCAAAUAACCGAUAAGCGAAAACACGAGGGUACUGAACAGAGCGAGGAAGAUGAAGAAGAACAAGAAGAAGAAUUCAAUCUAGAUGAAAACUUCUCUUCUGAUACAGAAGUCAAUUCCUCGGAUUCAAAUGCAGAUGAUAGUGCUGGUGAGAGAGAAUUACAGAAACAAGAGAAGUUGAAAAGGCAGAAACAAAAGAAGAGGGAGAAGCAAACGAUGAUUCCUCUUAUCAAGCCAGUAACUCCGGCGAAGCCUCAGCAGCCCCAAAAAAAGAAAGUGAAAAUAUAUCCUUCAGUAUUACCUACACGUAGAAGAUACUCUGCGAGAAGAUCUACAGUUGAGAAGACUGAUGAAGUCAGAAGACGACUGGAAAAGGAGGAAGAGGAGAAAAAGUAUGUGAGACCACGUCCUAAGGAACAGUACACCGAGAGAACAUUGGAAGAGCGGUUGGAAGAAGCGAAAGUUACAGAGGAAGAAAACACACUUUCGUUGAAUAGCUAUUUUGAAAGAGAAGCAGAUAGGAAAAGGAAACAGAGAGAACUUGCGAAUAGUAGAAAGCUUAAGCUUAAGGAAUUUCUUCGAUUUUAUAGCACUGGGGUGUACAUAACUCCCAAUGACGAAGUUGAAGAAAUUGAGUUAGAGAAGGAGAGGCAGGAAGAGCUACUUAGAGUUAGGAAUAGGCGAAAGAGAGGAAAGAGAAAGAAGAAAACGCCUACUUCUGAGGACAAAGAGGUUAAAGUCGUGUCCAUAGAGGGAUCUAUCGGGGAAUUUACGCAGGACGUUGUCCGAGAUGCUACACAAGAUGCUACACAAGGUGCUACACAAGUUACUACACAAAAUACUACCCAAAAUACUACUCUGGAAGUCAGACAAGAUGCUACUCAAGAUAACACGCAAGAUGCUACACAAGAUUCACAGGAAGUUAAACAGGAAACUGAUCAGGAAACUAAACAGGAAACUAGAAUGGAAACUAAACAGAAAGCUCAACAGGAUAACGAAGCCAGUUCAGAUGGUACACCAGAGAAUAAGAAUGAGGUAAGUCUCGCAUCAUCCAAAAUACCUAAUGAAGUACCUCAAAAUAGCAUACCGGAAAACGAAGCGGAGAACGGAUAUCCGUCCGAGAAACCUGCCGUGGAGGAAGAAGACAAUUUAGUGGAUAAGACUACAGUGGAUGCCACCACGGUGGAUGCGACCACGGUGGAGACUCCUAGGUAUGAAGGCCCUCCUCAAUUCGUCACUGUCAAUUAUGUUUCAUUAGAGGAGUUCGACCAUGAUCCAAGUGAAGGACAGAUCAAGACCUUCCUAUUCGGGGAACAGUCAAACCUUCCAGCUACUCGGCGAGAUCCGCGUUAUAGAACCAUCAGUAUCAUCAAACAAGACGAUACAGCGGACAUUGGUCUUGAGCAGAUCAAAAAUGAAAGAGAAGCCAGUUUCAAGAGUCUACUGAAGUUCCCAAGAUUUGGACAGAAGUACAGGAUUGUAGAAGAAUUGCAAUCUGAAACCCCCCAGGAGGAAGUCAAGGUGGAAAUUGCUACACCUGCGCCAGUGGGGAUUUAUCUUCCCAACGGUCAUAGAAAGAAGUGCUUGAUUAACGGAGAAUUUGCUUCUUACUAUGAUCCUCAAAAUGGUAUUCCCUAUAACUCAGUGGAGUGUUUUAAAGUGCUUCAAGGAAUUUCUGAGGGUGAAUAUCUUUGGAUUCAGAUCGAUAAGGGAGGUGUCAAUUCACAAUUCAAAGGAGGAAUUGGUUGUUAUUUAGGGAGAAAGGAUCAGCGCAAUGCCAAGGGUGUUCCGGAUGGGUUUUAG